AUGUAUACCAAAUUCAUCGCCGCUGCUCUCUGCUUCAGCGCCGCUCUUGUGGCUGCUCGUGAAAUCAACCAGGACGAUGUUCCCGACCAGUGCCUGACAACCCCACAAUGCCAAUCCGUGGUCUCAACAGCAACCAACUGUGGAAGUGCUGCUACCGCAGACAAUGGAGAUGUCUUCAGUGACAAAUAUUACCUUCAAUGCGCUUGCCAAGUGGAUCACCAUGAUCUCAACGAUUGCGUGUCCUGCAUCCAGUACUACAAGGACGGCGGAGAUAUUGCGAAGCUUCAGGACGAGUGCGGACACUCCCACGACUAG